UUUUCUAAAAGACGGGACUUUUGACUUUUCAGUUUCGUAACUUUUUCUUUUGUUAUUUAGAAAAACAAAACAAAAGAUUAUUUAUAAAAGAUAUACUUUCUUCAUUUCAUAGAAUGAAACUCAGUAGUUGAGCUAUAAAGAGAGGAGGGCGAUUUCAAGUAGUAGUUGAUCGGCGAUGGAUGCGGCGGAGCAGAACCACUUGCUGCCCAAGAAGAAGAAAUCCGAAACGGAAGACGAUAAGAGGAGGAAGAGAAUUGUUGCAGGGAGCUUGUUGAAAGCAGUGGUGAGACCUGGAGGAGGCGAUUCAAGCCCUAAGGAUGCUGAUCAGAUUAUUUAUCACUGUACUGUAAGGACACUGGAUGGUGUAGUAGUGGAAUCUACGAGGUCUGAAUGUGGAGGGAGAGGUUUACCGAUAAGAGAUGUCUUGGGGAAGAGUAAAAUGAUACUUGGAUUGCUCGAGGGGAUUCCCACUAUGCAUAAGGCUGAAAUUGCAAUGUUCAAGAUGAAACCUGAAAUGCACUAUGCAGAGAAGGAUUGUCCUGUCUCCGCUCCAGGCAAUUUUCCGAAAGAUGAUGUGCUUCAUUUUGAGAUUGAAUUGCUGGAUUUUGCUAAAGCCAAGAUUGCAAGUGAUGAUUUGGGGGUCAUCAAGAAGAUUCUAAAUGAAGGUGAGGGAUGGGAAUCUCCCAGAGAACCCUAUGAAGUAAAAGCCUGGAUAUCAGCUAAAUCUGGUGAUGGACAAGUGAUCUUAGCUCCCAAAGAAGAACCUUAUUUCUUCACGUUUGGAAAAUCUGAGGUGCCUAAAGGUCUUGAAAUCGGAAUUGGAACAAUGGCUAGGAAGGAGAAGGCAGUGAUAUAUGUUCGCAAGCAAUAUUUGACUGAAUCUACUUUGAUGCAUAUAGCUCAAGACCUUGAGGAAGUUCAUUUUGAGGUCGAACUUGUGCAUUUUAUUCAGGUGCGAGACAUGCUUGGAGAUGGACGUCUGAUUAAACGUCGAAUUCGAGAUGGAAGAGGAGAAUUUCCAAUGGAUUGUCCUCUCCAAGACAGUCGGUUAAGCGUUCACUACAGGGGCAUGCUUCUCAAUGAAGACAAGACUGUCUUUUAUGAUAGUAGGAUUGAAAAUGGUGAUCAGCCCUUGGAGUUCAGUUCAGGAGAAGGACUUGUGCCAGAGGGAUUCGAAAUGUGUACUCGUUUGAUGCUACCUGGGGAGAUUGCUCUUGUUACAUGUCCCCCUGAUUAUGCAUAUGACAAAUUUCCAAGGCCGCCUGGCGUUCCUGAAGGUGCACAUGUUCAGUGGGAGAUUGAACUCCUUGGUUUCGAAACGCCAAGAGAUUGGACUGGUUUGGACUUCCAGAGCAUCAUGAAUGAGGCAGAAAAUAUCAGAAGCACGGGAAACAGGUUGUUCAAAGAAGGAAAAUUUGAGCUCGCAAAAGCAAAGUAUGAAAAGGUGCUCCGGGAGUUUAAUCAUGUAAACCCACAAAAUGAUGAUGAAGGAAAAGUAUUUGGUGACGCAAGGAAUAUGUUACAUCUGAAUGUUGCGGCUUGCUUGCUUAAAUUGGGAGAGUGGAGAAAGUCUUUAGAGACAUGUAAUAAGGUCCUCGAAGCAAAGCCUGGACAUGCAAAAGGUCUCUACCGCCGCGGAAUGGCUUACAUGGCAGGCGGAGAGUAUGAAGACGCUAGAAAUGACUUCAACAUGAUGAUCAAAGUGGAUAAAUCAUCAGAAGCUGAUGCAACAGCGGCACUCUUGAAACUCAAGCAGAAGGAACAGGAAGCGGAGAGCAAAGCUAGAAAACAGUUCAAAGGAUUAUUCGACAAGAAACCGGGGGAGAUAACCGAAGUCGGUUCAGAAAUAAGAGAGGAGACUAGAACUAUAGAAGAAGUAGACGAGACAAAAGAUAAUGAUGGCGAUGAUGAAGAAACACAGGAAGAAGAAAAUACGGCCACAGUGAGCACUGAAAGGAAGAGGAAAUGGUCGGAGAAAGCCUGGCCGAUUCUGAAGAACGUGAUGGUUCAGAUAGGAAUCCAGCUUUGUGUUGCCUUGUUAGGUGUUUAUAUUUUCCAGUUUGUCAGCGCCAGAUUUACAUAAGAGACCAGCGGUAGUCACUCACUUCUCCUAUCAAAUUAUUCAGAAAAUAUAAAACUAAUGGAUAAUGAAAGCUCAUAUUGAUUUCAAAUAACUUUAGUUAUUUGUGAUGGUAGUUGCUCAAAGAUGGGUAGCAUUUGUCCCUUUGUAGUUACGUCUACUACUCGAUCUACUUGCUUCAUGAACUGAUUAGUUCUUGUUUCUUUUA